CAUUGGUUCGGGGGCCUCCCAUCCUUCUAGUGGCCCCCAUUCUUUCUGGGCGCAUUCUCCAAAGCAUGAGACAUGGCCCUGCUGACGCAAGCCCGCGCAUUGGCCCGGCACGCCUCGCACGCUGCGUGGCGGCCUGCUGGCUGCUUUGUACGGCUGGGGCGGCGAAAAUCGAUGAAGGGCCAGAGCUGGUCAGUGAUCAGGUGGUCCAGGAAGCUGCUUUAGAGGCGAAGUUUCACGACUUCAAGGAUCGGUACGGUGUCUAUGAUUUGAGAACGCUCGAUGUUUUCUUCGAGCUCUUUGAUAUUUGGAUCAUGCUCUACCGUCUCAACAAGAUUGACCAGGCCCUGGUGGAAGUCUUGCCAGCAGUGAGGUGGCGCCAGGAUGAGUAUGCCAUCAGGGGCCUCCAGGCCUUGGCCUUUACCCGGUGGAAACAGAAUCGACACCGGGAGGCUCUGGCCCGGUUUCAUGAGAUGGAGGGAUGGGUUGGCAAGAGUGCUCCCUUGUGCGAGAACAUCGGCCACACCUACAAUGCGCUUGGGAUGCCGAAGGAAGCGGAGCACUACUUCAACCAAAGCCUUUUCUACAUGAAUGCUCCAGAUUCCAACAUGUCCAGCGAUCAGCAAGGCGGCUCCUUGUUGGGCCUUGCCGGGGUUCGUGAGAAGCAGCAGCUCUGGGCUGAAGCGCGGCAGGCGGCACAGGAGGCCUAUGACAUCUACAAGGCAAGGGAUGUGCAGCGGGGCUGGGACUCCUCAUUAACCGCGAAGGCAGCCAUGGCGGUCAGCAAGAUGGAUCUGAAACUGGGGAAUUUGGAGCAGGCCUUGGCCAAAGCCGAGGAGGCCUUGCGGCUCUUCGAACUGACCAGUGGCAGCCAAAGCCCUUUGAUGUCCACAGCCUAUCGCCGCAUGGGUGAGAUCUACAUGAAGAAGGGUUUGUACGUGGAAGCACGACAAGCCUUUCACAAGGCCUACAAACUGGAGGCUGUGAAGGAUGCCUUUGAUUUGACGGAGAUCGUGAUUUUGCACCAGUCGCUCAUGGACGCACACCUGGGUCGAGGACCUUUGCAACGCUCCGCCUUCAGGGUCUACUUCCGCACGGCUGCGCAGGUGCUCAAGCGCGUCAAAGAACUGAAACAAGAUGGAAAUGCGGGAGCUUACUACAAGUUGGCUGGGGAGCUCUUCGUACUUGGGGAAGACUGCAAGGCGGGUGCGCCGCUGCUCUCCAUGGCCGUGUCGCUCCUACAGGUGGAGACAGCGGUCGAUACCAAGCUCAUGGUGAAAGCCAGCCGUGAUCUCAUCAGUUAUUGCAAGGGUAGCACGAAGCAUUUAGAGGAACAAUAUCUUCGCGGCGAAUUGUAG